AUGGCGUCGUCUGCUGCGGCUGACACGUCCGCAGUGCCAUCAGAUCCCUCCACAGCAUUGACACCUAUUAGCAAAGACGUAUGGCGAAUCAAACGCGAAAGUUGCGCAAAGUUACGUGCGUUUGAAGCCCAGCGCAGUGCUCAGAUCGACAAGUUCCAGGCUCGAGAUCGCGCCUAUUGGCGGCAGUUCCAAGAAGAAAUUCGCCACGGCGGCGAUGAGAACGCGCGGUUGCUGCGCUUUUUUACACUGCGAUUGCAGGCUGAUUUGACGUAUGCAGAUUCUCUAAGACAAACGCGUGCGGUGCUGGAUGCGCCGAUGACGCAGGGAACGACGGACACAAACGGUCUGACUCAUAGCGAACAGUUAAAUGUACAAUCAUCUGUGUCUAAAGCGCUGUAUGCAGUUGGAGAAGUUCAGCAACAAUUGGCAGAGAAACUUGUGCAGCUGACGACGGUUGUGAAGAGAGAAGUGACUUCGAAGCCGUUAGAAGAGAUGACGGCGACGUUCAAGGAGAAAGUGGCAACAAUGUUGGCUGAAGGGGAAAAACUUGAUGCCAUGUUGUUCCAGUCGCAGAAGAACGUGCUGACAUCAUUUGCCAAGUUUGAUGAAUUGUGUAAUCAGAUGGAAAGUGAGAAGGAGAAUGUCACUAGUCUGGAGAGAGUGGAUUCAGCUGCACGACGACAGGACCUCUGGCUGGCGGAGAUGAACUAUUGUAUUAAUGUACAGAAGCUACAGUAUUGUCGUGUAGAGUACGUGACAGGAAUGUCGGCACUGUUCCAGCAGUAUAAGACGAUGGAGGUAUGGCGAGCGUCGGUGAUUCAGACGGCGCUGGACACGUAUAUUCGCAAACAGAAGCUCACAUAUAGCGAGAUGGCGGGCGCAAUGACCGAACCUUUGGUUGUUACACAGUUUACUGCAGCAGCAUUAUCAGCAUCUGAAGACACGGAUGCUAAACUCUUUUCAACCCUGCGGUCUCCCAUUGUGAGUCCGUUGCUCGUGCGUUGUGGAUUUUUGAAAAACCAAGUGAGCGGCUCGCUAUUUACGUCCUGGAAGGAGAUUUUGUGCGCCAUUACGCAGGACGGAUGUUUGCAUCUGCUAGAUCUGAAGGUGAAUACGAACCGGUCCAUCUUGGAGUCGACAGAGGCCAUGUUGAUGGCCAUUGCCACGAACGAACAGAAUACGGAUGUCAUCAGUCAGUCGGUUUAUUUGACAAACUGUCGCAUUGAAAUAUUGGGAAAGAGCACAACGCCUAGCUUUGAGAUCACGGAAGUGAGUCCGCCGUCUGGGUUACUAAGCAGCAUGUUGCGAGUGGGAGUCUCUCGAAAGCUGACUUUUCAGUGCCCGGACCAGAGUGAUCUUAUUGAUUGGGUAGUUGCUGCCAAACGGUUUAUCUCAGCCGGGUCAUCUAUGAAUUACUUGUUAAGGAGCGUGUAUACACAGUAUUAA